AUGGCACCUCUACACAAAUACUUCUUCCCUGACAACGAGUCCUUCGCCUAUGAAGCUCUUCGAGCUGCCAGCUAUGCCUACUGCGGUGGCGCAGAGCUGGCUGAAGUUAUUUCCAUUUGCUCUCGCAUUCAAUCAAAAGACGAAGACAGCUGGCUGCGAGAAUGGAAAUUAGCCGGCGACCGCGCCGUUGAGACUGCAAAGACGAGCCUGGCCAAGAACAAUCGACGCGGUGCACAGUCUGCGUUUCUACGCGCUUCGAACUAUUACAGAACGGCAGAGUUCUACCGACGAGACAAUGUAUUUGAGGACAAGUUGUCCAAAGAGCUCAUGAAAUUGAGUACGGAGGCAUUUUACUCCGCUACAGAACUCAUGCCAUACCGGACGGAGAAGGUCAAGAUACCGUAUGAAGGAACGACACUGCCGGCAACGAUCAUGCAACCGGACAAAAGCGACACGCCAAUACCAACGAUCAUCUUCAACGGUGGCUUCGACUCUACCAGGGAAGAGGUCUUCUACAUGAAUGGUCAGGCGGCACUUGAUCAAGGCUUCAACAUCAUUCUCUUCGAUGGACCGGGACAAGGGGAGGCUUUGAGAGAGCAGCGUCUGUUCUUCAGAAAUGACUGGGAGACGGUAAUUACCUCGGUGGUCGACUUCGCCCUUGACCAGCCCAUAGUCAUCAAAGACAAGCUCUUCCUCAUGGGUAUCAGUAUGGGAGGUUACCUUGUCGGACGAGCCCUAUGCUUCGAGCAUCGGUGCGCAGCUGCCAUCGUCAACGACGGAGUGUACGACUUUGGCAGUGCUUUCCAUAACCAAAACCCUGCCCUUGGCAGAUUCUUGAUCCAGAAUGGCUGGGACGCCACUAUAAACGCGCUCAUGCGCCAGAUGAUGCGUUGGGAUACGGGCUUCAAAUGGGCUAUUUCGAACGGAAUGUGGGCUUUUGGCGUCCAGUCUCCGGUUGACGUGUUGCGCUGUGUGAAGGGAUACACACUGGAGGGCUUGGUAAACAACAUCAAGACACCGUUGCUAGUUUUGGAUGCGACGGAGGACCAUUUCUUGAAAGGACAACCGAAAGAGUUGUUCGACAGGCUGCUAUGCAAAAAGGAAUUCGAGCACUUUACGGAGGAAGAGGGGGCGACUGCGCAUUGCCACAUGGGGUCCCUAUCGAGACUGAACCAGGCGAUCUUCGACUAUCUACUUCCGCGAGCGCGAUGA